AACUUUUGGCAAAAAUAUGCAGCAAUACCAACGCCAAUUAUUCCCUAGAGAAAGGAAUCAAAUGGACCCACACCGGGUACCAUGUCCACAAUGCCCUCGCACGUACAAAACAAAAUUAGCCCUAACCGCCCAUUUGAAAUAUGAGUGUGGCAAGGAACCCCAAUUCAGAUGCCCUUAUUGUUCCCAUCGAACACACCACAAGGGACAACUACAAGUACACAUUAAACGAAAGCAUAAAGAUAUUUUGCAAGUCAUGCCAAAUCUACCAGUUACUUAUCCGCUACCUCAAAACAACCUCAACCUUAACCCAGCAGCUGGAAGCCAAAUACUCGAUGUGGAGAAAUUUAAGGCGCUUCAAUUGUUCCAAAGUUUAGCAGCAGAAAUGCUGCCAGCUUCAAAUUUAUCUGAAGAAGCCAAAAGUAAUAGUUCGACGAGCAGUAGUCACUAUGCAACGGAACAAGCAGAUCCUAGUUUACAAAAAUAUCCAGAUGUUUCGACUUCUGGACGAAAUUUUUCUCAAGAACCUUCUGGAUUUAGUAAUAAUAUACAAAAAAAAUUUAAUUGGCCCUAAAAUGGAUCAAAAUG